ACCGUGACCUAGUAUGACUCGCGCAUCAUAUUUCCGGGCGACUGCUGUAACCCGCAAUUCGGGUACUAGGAUCUACUACUAAACCUGGGGUUAUGGGGUAUCCAUGUGCGACGCGUGCGGAGAUGGCUAUCUUCAUAGCCAGGGUAUUAAAUCAACCGACAGCCUCUGCGACUGAGGCAUCUUCGUUCUUCCUAUCUUCUCUCUAGUACUUAGUCUCAUCGAACCACUAUGAAGGACGCGGAUAUUGUAGGCCACGCCAUUGCUGAGGUGCUUCCUCAGACCACCAAAUACUGGUUCCAGAUACCGCAUCUGCGCCGACUGAACUUGAUCUUGCUUAUCCCUCUCCUGUCUUCCGCAGUAGCUGGAUACGAUGGCUCCCUGAUGAACGGCAUCCAGUCGUUGACACAAUGGAAAGAGUACUUCGGUCACCCUACAGGUGCUUUGCUUGGCCUUGUGAACGCCGCUCAGUCUGCCGGAUCAGUCGUGGUUCUACCUUUCGUGGGAAUACUGUCGGAUAAAUACGGAAGGCGCAUCGUUCUUUUAAGCGGACUCCUUGGAGUUGUUGUAGCAACAAUUAUUCAGGCAACUUCGACUACCCUGGCCCAGUUUGUUGUCUCAAGGUUUGUGGUCGGCGCUGCUGGCAUGUUCGUAGUACAGCCGUCUCCCAUGCUUAUUGCAGAACUUGCCUACCCGACACAUCGAGGAAAAUAUACUAGUGCCUUUUGGACUAUGUACUACCUAGGUGCCAUUCUUGCCGCCUGGACUACAUUUGGCACCCAGAAACUUGGAAGCAAUUGGAGCUGGAGGAUACCUACCAUUCUUCAGGUAGGAUAUCCAUGUAUUCAACUUGCCUUCUUUUGGGCGUUGCCUGAGUCACCUAGAUGGCUUGUCGCCAAAGAGCGCAAUGCAGAAGCCCGUGAGAUCCUCGCUAGAUAUCAUUCCGGCGGAGACGAGGAUAGCCCACUGGUAACAAGAGAGAUGAGCGAAAUUGUACUUGCAAUUCGGCAAGAAGUGGCCGCGAAAUCAGUGAAGUGGAGCGCGCUUGUAGCCACCCCCGGCAAUCGACGGCGAUUGUUUAUCGCGAUGUGUCUCGGCUCAUUCGCUCAAUGGAACGGUAUCGGCGUUGUCAGCUACUACCUCACUCUGGUCCUGAACUCGAUCGGCAUAACGGACCCUUUUUACCAGACACUCAUCAACGGCCUACUUCAGAUCUUCAACUUCGCAGCAGCUGUGAGCGCCGCUCUCCUAGUUGAUCGGCUCGGAAGACGAACCUUGUUCAUCUGGAGCGGUAUUGGCAUGCUCGUCUCCUACAUCAUCUGGACCGCUUGCUCGGCAGUGAAUGCCGAACAGAACAACAAAACAGCAGGUUAUGUUGUCGUGGUGUGCCUCUUUGCGUUCUUCUUCCAUUAUGACAUUGCCUAUACGCCACUCCUCAUGUCGUAUCCGACCGAGAUCUUUCCGUAUAGUCUCCGAUCCAAGGGCAUGAGCUGCGAGCUGCUCUCCAUCUACGUCUCCCUGGUGAUCCAAGCGUUUGUCAACCCUAUUGGAAUGGAAAACCUCCAGUGGAAAUAUUAUAUCGUAUUCUGCUGCCUGCUGGUAGUUUUCCUGAUAGUUACAUACAUGUUCUUUCCAGAGACCAGGGGUCGGUCAUUAGAAGAGAUUGCAGAGAUCUUUGACGGGCCUGGAGCUUCGCCUAAUGUGGAUCUUGUGGAGAAAGAUGAAGUCCAUAAAAAGGAGUAUAUUGAGGUGUCUUAA